AUGUCAGUCAGCAGCUUACCAAAAUCAGAUGACACAAACAAAAAUAAUAAAAGUAAUAUAAUAUCAAAGACUCUAAAAAAAGCUGUAUCUAUGGAUUCGUUGCAUAAAAAACCUUCAGGAUACGUAAAAAAAAGAAACGUAAGCCUUGAUGUAAAUUUAUCUUGUAGUGGAAAUUGGUUUACGACGAAUAAUUCAAAUGAUCACAAGCUACCGACAAAUGAGCGACAAUCGUCAGAUUUACACGAUGAAACCUUUGUGGUUGCGUUGAUCGGUAAACCAUCGGUGGGAAAAUCAACAAUAGUUAGAACGGGUUUGAAUAAUUUGGCGCCAAUAAGGAAUGUUGGUGUGGAACAAAAUAUAUUACAUGCUCCGACUCUUAUAACAGAGAUUGAGGUUGAUGAUCAUGCUUAUCCAGUGGAAGUUUUAGAAAUUCAAGAAAGUGUUUUUGAUAUGAAAGCUCCAUUACGAUGGCCAAAGGAGCUUCCCGAGAUCGACGGAAUUUUAGUAUGUUAUGAUGUAACUUCACGAGCGUCAAUAGCAAAUAUAGCGUGGCUUCUAAAUGCAUUCAAAGAAUUCCAAAUCCCCACGAUACUUGUCGCUAAUAAGUCGGACUGUGAUCCUACAAAACGUCAAGUAGAUACUGAAUAUGGUGUAAAAUUGGCCCCGCUAUUUGAUGUCGGUUUUGUGGAAUUAGAUACAAGAUCAAAUAAUGGAAUACAAAGAAUUCAUAAUGUUUUUUCGAUGCUUUUAAAGUUAUCGAUAAGGAAUCGUGAAUUUAUUAAAGGCCGUCAUAAUAGUCAAGAAAUUAAAUCGGAUGAUUUAUCUUCUGAUUUUUUGUGUAUACAAAGUAUUGGUAGUGAUGUGGAUUCGGAAAAAUUUUCAAGUCAUAGGAGGACUUCUAGUGAUCUAAGUCAUGAAUCAAGAGGGCGUGGAAGAUUUUCUAAUUUCUCUGCUGUUCGAUAUAUGAAAUCAAGGUAUCGCAGUAAAUUUGGUUCUUCUAAAGCCCGUUCUCCUUUAAACAGAGUCAGUAGUGAUGAUGAAGGUUCAUCUUCAACACGUUCAAAUCAUUCAAAUCAUUCAAAUCAUCGUUCAUUGUCACGUUCUCCAUUUUCUUCAUCCCCAUCUGUAUCCGCAACUCCGUCAAAUACUCCUCCGAAAUCAUCUGUCCUAUCACAAGUAUCACUUCCUUCGUUUCCUAUAAUUAGUAAUAAAUCCUCUCAUUCCGAUCGAAUCUCUUAUCGUCGAUCUUUUCUCCCUUCGUCUACUUUAUUACAAGUAAUGGAAGCUGAAGAAGAAAAGGAUAUUGUUAUCGUUAGAACUGGUCAUAGUAGAACUUCAUGUGGGAGUUAUGAUUCUACUGCUAGUUCUGUGAGUGCAAUAAGUGAUAAUUCUUGGGAAGGUUUAUUUGUUAAUGAUCCAUUAAGUCAUAACAAAUGUACUGGAAGUCGUGGUGAUGGAUUGACUAUAGAUGAAUUAAUUCAAAGAUUAACUGUUGGAGGUCAAUAUGGUACACACG